UUCACAGAAUUUCAGUACACACCCAUAGCAACACAAACAGCAGCACCCUGCCAGAGCAGAAACGAUGAAGCAGUCCAGACAUUAGACACACGUCAAAACAGCAGACAGAAAUCAGCCGCACAGGUUUAUUUGCUUUAAUUAAUGAGCAACAAUGCAAUCGGACGACGCCAGAUAUUUAAAACGGAAAUAUAAGGGUGGCAGUUUAGAUGUCCACCCCACAGAAAAAGCCCUUGUUGUCCAGUAUGAAGUGGAAGCUACAAUCCUAGGAGAGACGGGAGACCCGAUGCUGGGAGAACGCAAGGAGUGCCAGAAGAUAAUCCGUCUGAAAAGCCUGAAUUCCAACACGGAUAUUGCAUCUUUAGCACGGAAGGUAGUGGAGGAGUGUAGACUCAUUUCCCCUUCCAGACUUCCUGAGGUGGAGCAGUUAUUGUUUUAUCUGCAGAACCGCAAGAAAUCUGCUGAAAAGAAAGAGAAGAAACAGAUCAAGCCAAGAGACCUGACUCCUUUUGAAGGCAUAGAGCUUGAUGAGGAGGCCAACAUUAAUAGCAUAGAGGACUAUGUUGAGCUUCUGUAUGAGGACAUCCCUGAGAAGAUCAGAGGAGCUACACUCAUCCUCCAUUUGGCCCGUAACCCUGACAACCUGGAGGAGUUGCUGCAGAAUGGUGUGUUGCACACUGGAGAUAAUGGUUAAAAUGUCUUUUUUAAACAGUUUAGGAUUUUAUCUAUAAACCUCCCUCAUAAAGCCUUACUUUAAAUACAUUUACAUUACCAUAUAACAAAGCUUUGGUUUGCUCCUCAUGUAUGAUUAAAAGGAUAGUGCCCCUAA